AGUACGGCUACAACACAAAGUUACGUGCAGACCCUGAAGGCAUCAGCAGCAGCAGCAGGUCUGAGUCCAGUGGAAAUAAGUGUGAUCAGAUCUGAAGAUGGAGGAGAGAACAGGACCUGUCACCCUGAAAAUAAUCCUCAUAGGGAACUCUGGGGUGGGAAAGUCCUCCUUCAUGAACAGAUAUGUCAGUCACCGCUUCACCAACAUGUACCGGGCCACCCUUGUGACUGACUUUCUUUCCAAAACGCUAAACCUGGGGGAGGACACUGUCACCCUGCAGAUCUGGGACACAGCAGGCACAGAGAGGUUCCAGUCCCUGGGAGCACCCCUGUACCGGGGAACCCACUGCUGCAUUCUGGUGUUUGAUGUCACGUCAUGGACAGGUUUCCGUGCCCUGGAGCAGUGGAGGAAGGAGUUCCUGAUCCAGGGAGAACCUCAGGACCCAGAAGAGUUCCCCUUCAUUGUGCUGGGAAACAAAACCGACCUGAACCAGCGGGAGGUUUCUCGCAGUCGAGCCCUGCAGUGGUGCGAGGUAGGAGCAGAUUAUUUUGAAGGAAGUGCCGAACAGGACGUGGACGUGGACGGUCCGUUCCAAUGCGCAGCUCAGAGGGGCUUCAGACAGUACAAAAAACACACAUUGGAAAAUACAGGACAUUUCCAGAUAACCUGCAAACAGCCGAGAGAAACUCGCAACAACUGCCAGUGCUGA